AUGAAAGUUGAGAGGCUGGUGGGGACAUGUUCUGCAAUAGCCAGGAUUCCAGGGCUGUGGAUUGCUCCGACUCUUCCUGAAAACCUAAGAUUUCCAUCCUCACAGUGGCCUUGGGCCUACUACUCGCUUCUCCGCCAUCCUCCCAACUAUGUCAACAACACAUUUAGUAUAGAGAUGUGGAGCCAGGGACCCGUCCCACCCUCCCAGCCUAGUGACCACCUGGUCAGCUGCCCAGCCUAUGGCCGUGGAGCAAAUAUCUAUUCACUCAUUGAUUUUUCUUUCUUAACUUACAUGUUAGUGGACCUGACUCUUGUGGGAGAGACUUAG